AUGGGCUGCUUGGAGGAGGAGGGCAGCUGGAGCCUGUCCUUCGCGGGCGCCGGCUACCUGGGUCUCUACCACGUGGGUGUGACCCAGUGCCUGCGCCAGCGUGCCCCGCGCCUCCUCCAGGGUGCCCACCGCAUGUACGGAUCCUCAUCUGGGGCGCUCAACGCCAUCAGCAUCAUCUGUGGCAAGUCGGUCGACUUCUGCUGCUCCCACCUGCUGGGCCUGGCCAAGCAGCUGGAACAGCUGAGCCUGGGCGUCUUCCACCCGGCCUACACGCCCCUUGAGCACAUCCGGCGGCAGCUGCACGACACUCUGCCCGACAAUGCUCACAUCCUGGCCUCCCGGCGGCUGGGCAUCUCGCUGACUCGCUGGCCCAACGGCUGCAACUUCAUAGCCACCGACUUUGCCACCCGAGAUGAGCUCAUCCAGGCCUUGGUGUGCACCCUGUACCUUCCUUUCUACUGCGGGCUGAUUCCCCCAGAAUUCAGAGGGGAGCGCUACGUCAGCGGGGCUCUGAGCAACAACUUGCCCUUUGCGGACUGCCCCUCCACCAUCACUGUGUCACCCUUUCAUGGGACAGUGGACAUCUGCCCCCAGAGCACCUCAGCCAGCCUGCAUGAGCUGAACGCCUUCAAUGCCAGAUUCCAAAUCUCUACCAAGAACUUCUUCCUGGGGGUCAUAUCCCUCAUGCCCCCCAACCCCGAGGUGGUGGCUGACAACUGCAGACAAGGCUACCUGGAUGCCCUGAGGUUCCUGGAGAGACGUGGACUCACCAAGGAACCAGUGCUGUGGACAUUGGUGUCUGAGGAGCCCCCGGCCCCAGUGAGUGGGACCCAGGGUGCUGGCCGUGACCGAGGCCAGAAGGCCGGCCUGUCUCUCAACUGGGACGUGCCCAACGUGCAGGUCAAGGACGUGCCGGACUUCGAGCAGCUCUCGCCGGAGCUGGAGGCUGCGCUGAAGAAAGCUUGUAUGCGGGACCCCAGCCUCUGGGCCUGCUGCCGCCGCUCGGGGCCCGGACAGGUGCUGACAUACCUGCUGCUGCCCUGCACGCUGCCCUUGGAGUGUAUCUACUUCGGGAGCAGACGGCUGGUGGCGUGGCUGCCCGACGUGCCGGCAGCCCUGUGCUGGCUGCAGGGGCUGCUGAGGAGCUCGGCCCUCGAGUGCUGCUCCAGGACCAAGGCCCAGCUCCUUGGGCUGGUCAGUGUCCCUCUGGCCACCCGCCUGUGCAGCCACUGGCACGUCCCUGCUCAUCCUUCUGCCAUUGUUCCAGACAUCCCAUGUGACCCCGUGCCAGGCCGGCCCUGUGUGUGGUCGAGAUCCCUGCUGCAGGCCUGCCGGCCACCAGUGCCCCGGACACAGGCCCCCUCCAGCCUGGGGCGGCUGCUUGUAGGGACCCCAGCGUGGAGCUCAGGCCCACCCCUCAGGCCUGAGGGGGCCGAGCUGGGCCAGCCCAGGGACCGGCCUCCCUCCACUCCUGCCCUGGCCCUCGUGCCGUGCGCUCCCGUCUGCCAAGCCACCCCGCCAGCCCUCUGCAGUCCCCGCACCUUGGAGCUGCUUGUCUGGGGCCAGGGGGAGAACGGCUGGCAGGAGCUGAGCCGCACACCUCAGUUCCGGGAUUUCCAUGCGGGGACUGGGAGGGCAGCGUUGCCGAGCAGAGGGGGCCCCUGUGCCACCACAGCCCCGUUCCCACAGGAGGUCUGCGACGCCUCAGGGCCUGCAACCCUCCCAACCCCUCCACUCUUGGGCAGUGAGGAUGCUGGGGACACCGGCAUCCCAGCCAGAGCCUCUCGGGGCCCUGCAGCCCUGGAGCAGCUCUGGCUCCCGUCUGAGUGUGCUUCUAGCCUGUAUUUCCUGGGCACUGAGGUCCUCCGUGGCCACACCGUGGAUGUGACCACCUUCCUGAACCAGCACCCUAAGCGCGAGUUGAACGAGCGGACGCGGAGCCCAGGGGACUCGGACAGCACGCCGGGCUCGCGGUCCCCAUGGAGGUGGGGGUGGGGCGCGGCGGGCGCGCCCGGGCGGCGCCGUGACGUCACGCCCGCGGAGGGUCGCCAGCGCCGGGCGGCGCCAUGA